UGUGACGUCAUCAACAAGCGGAAAAACGCUGUGACGUAAAUCCAAGAUGGCGGCUCGCCGUUCCACGAUGAAAUUUUGGAAGCCGGGGUCCGAAGCACCGGGGAUCUCCGAGGAGCGAGAACUUAACACGGAGACAAUUGGUUCCACAGCCGUCUUCAACCCGUUCAUUGCGCUGUCCAUAGAGAAGCAGAGGCAGAAGCUCCCUGUUUUCAAGCACAGAAACAACAUCCUGUACUUGGUGGAAAGCUUCCAGACUGUCAUCAUAGUUGGAGAAACCGGAUGUGGAAAGACGACACAGAUACCUCAGUACCUGCUGGAGGCUGGCUGGGCAGCAGAAGGGAGGGUGAUUGGCGUGACACAGCCUCGACGCGUGGCUGCUAUCUCUGUGGCUGGCCGCGUUGCAGAGGAGAGAGGCGCUCGUAUAGGACAUGAGGUGGGCUACUCCAUCAGAUUUGACGACUGCUCUGACCCCCAAGCUACCAGGAUCAAGUUCCUUACAGAUGGAAUGUUGGUGCGGGAGAUGAUGGCUGACCCCCUGCUUAAAAAAUACAGUGUAUUGAUGCUGGAUGAAGCACAUGAGAGAACCCUGUACACUGACAUUGCCAUUGGUCUGUUGAAGAAGAUCCAGAAGAAACGUCGAGACCUGCGGCUGAUUGUGGCCUCUGCCACUCUGGAUGCCAAGAAAUUCCAUGAGUUCUUCAACCUGAACGAGUCAGGAGAUCCUAACAAGGACACAUGCGGAAUCCUAACAGUGGAGGGACGGACAUUCCCAGUUGAUAUCUUCUACACUGUCAGUCCUGUACCCGAUUACGUGAAGGCCACAGUUGAGACGGUGAUGAAAAUACAUGAUACAGAAGAGAGUGGGGAUGUUCUGGUGUUUCUGACUGGGCAGGAAGAAGUAGAGAAGGUGGCGUCUCUCCUGAAGGACCAGGCCAGGUCUUUGUCACGACAAGGCAUAAGGAAACACCUGAGAGUUUUGCCGAUGUAUUCUGGUUUACCUUACGCAGAGCAGAUGAAGGUCUUUGAGCGGGUGCCUGCUACAGUUCGUAAAGUGGUGGUGGCCACCAACAUAGCUGAGACUUCCAUUACCAUCAAUGGCAUCGUUUUUGUCAUCGACUGUGCUUUCGUCAAGCUACGUGCAUAUAACCCCAGUACGGCUAUUGAAUCACUGGUGGUGACACCCAUUUCCAAGGCUUCUGCCAGCCAGCGAGCUGGGAGAGCAGGCCGGAACCGACCAGGGAAAUGCUUCAGACUUUACACAGAGGAGGACUUUGAGAGACUGCCUCCUUCUACUGUGCCAGAAAUGCAGCGUACUAAUUUGGCCCCAGUCAUCUUGCAGCUCAAAGCUUUAGGCAUUGACAACGUUCUGCGCUUUAGCUUCCUUUCGCCUCCUCCAGCCCAGACCAUGGUUCAGGCUUUAGAACUUCUGUAUGCUCUGGGAGGUUUGGACAAUUAUGGACGUUUGACCGAUCCUCUUGGGAUCCGGAUGGCAGAGUUCCCUCUCAGCCCCAUGUUUGCCAAGAUGCUGUUAGAGUCGGGAAACUUCGGCUGCUCCAAAGAGAUUGUCACCAUUGCCGCAAUGAUGCAAAUUCAGAAUAUAUUCGUUAUACCACCCAAUCAGAAAAAAAAUGCUGCUCGCCAGCACAGGAAAUUUGCUGUUGCUGAAGGCGACCACCUCACCAUGCUGAAUGUAUACGAAGCUUACCUUAAGCACCAAAAGAGCUCCCAGUGGUGUCAGCAGCAUUAUCUUAAUUACAAAGGUCUGCAGCGCGCCACAACAGUGCGAGAACAGCUGCGGCGUCUCAUGACCAAGUUCAAGGUGGUGUGGACUUCCAGCGAAGGUGAUCCAGAUGUGAUUUUGAGGUGCAUUGCGUCUGGAUUUUUUUCCAAUGCAGCACGCAUUCACCACUCUGGUUCAUACAGAACCCUACGAGACGAGCGUGAGCUUCAUAUUCACCCCACCUCUGUACUGUAUGGAGAGAAACCUCCAAAAUGGGUUGUCUUCAACGAAGUGAUGCAGACGAGCAAGUACUUCAUGCGAGAUGUGACUGCUGUGGAGUCAUCCUGGCUUGUGGAGUUGGCCCCUCAUUUUUACAAGCAGGCUAAACAUGGUUCACUGAGCAGCAAGCGAUCCCGUGUCCUCUAAACCUGUUGGUCAAGUCUGGAAGACUCCGUGCCAUUGUGUAUAUAAAGAUGUAAUAUUUAUGAAUCAUUUCCACAUGCGCAACUGUGACCAUUCUAGACAUUACUUGCUUUUUGACAGUGGUCUACUUCUACUUUCUAUUAGAUCUGUGUGAGAGACUGCUGAUAAAUUGCGAGAAGCCAGGUGUGAAGUACUUUAUUCGUACUUGUACAUAGUCAGAGAAGACUCUGGUCCAGGAAUGGUUGCAGUCAUACCUGGUUCUAGGCUUUAUUUUUUAUAAAAGCUGUGUCCUUUGUUGGUUGGAAAAUAAUGAAAAAUGAGACUUUUUGCUAUUACGUUGCCCCCUCAUAACCUAGGUGCCUUUAGGAAUCUAACUGGUAGCUUGACCAGUUUUAGUUUUUAUUUCCUAAAUUGGGCUAAUUGACAACACUGUGAAAAUACUUCUUUACCUUUUUAGAGAUGUCUAGACUGUGUAGCAUUCUCACCAGUGUGUGCCAGUUUCCUUUCAAUCAGCCUGUGUCUCAUUUCAUUUUUGACAGAAUGUAAAUACACAACAGUGUUCAAGGAAAGCUGUGAAAACCAAAUGAAGUGCCAUUUGUCGGCACAGUGACAGGAAGUGCACUCAGAUGUAGCCUAAAGCCUCAAAAGAACUAGCAUUUAGCUGUCCUUUCGAUGAAAUGUGUCACAGAAGUGUACUUUUGGUUCACUAUUACCAUCUAGCAUAUAAAUACAAUAGUUCUUAACGUGAUCUUCCAUCACUUCUCAAAAGGUUUACCCUCUCCCUUGUCAACUUCAGCAUUAUCAAGCACUAUAUUACAAGUUUGUUCUAUAAUUAGAUUUGUUAUUAAGGCAGGAUAUUCAGAAAUCUAGGCAAAUUUGCAUGAUUUGUAGUACAACCACUUUACUGUAGUCUUUGAAACUAAUCAGUCCACAGAAGCACAACAUACAGUAGUUGGGUUAACCAACUCUUCUUGCAUGUGUAAUGGUACUUGUGUAAUUAUUAAAUACAUAAAUACCCAUCACCUGUCAUGUCCCCACAUCCUUCAAUAAAAGCGCUACAUCAUACACAGAUGAGCGUCAUCU